ACCCCCCAAUUUCAUUUCGUGCGCAAUUGAAUUUCAAUUUCCCCUAGACUUAUUAAUAUCUCCGCCUUUCACCUUAUCAAGCCCUCCCUCACAAUUCACACCUUCCCUUUCUCUCUCUCUUUCCUUUUAACUUAAUUUUAUUUUUAAAUAUAUAUAUAUUUCCCUUUCUCUAUCAAACCCUAACCCUAACUCACCAAACAGGAUUCGUCAUGAAGGGAGGUAAAUCGAAGGCUGAUGCCAAGAACAGCAAGCUCUCCGUGAACAAGAAGCCUGUCAAGGCUACUAAGAAAGCGGGUAAGGCAGCCAAGGACCCUAACAAACCUAAGAGGCCGGCUAGUGCUUUCUUUGUUUUCAUGGAGGAGUUCAGAGAGCAGUACAAGAAGGAGCAUCCUAAAAACAAAUCUGUUGCCGCUGUCGGCAAAGCUGGUGGAGACAGAUGGAAAUCAAUGUCUGAAUCUGAGAAGGCACCUUUUGUUGCUAAGGCUGAGAAGCGUAAGAUUGAGUAUGAGAAGAAGUUGAAAGCCUAUAACAAGGGACAGGCUGAAGGACCCAAGGAAGAAGAGGAGUCUGAGAAGUCAAUGUCUGAGGUGAAUGAUGAGGAGGAAGAUGAUGAAGAGGGCAGUGCGGAGGAGGAUGACGACGAGUAGGAAGUUGGCAAGGAAAAUAGCAUAGUCAUGUAGGGCUGUGACAAUGUUGGAACAACAACUCAUGUUAAUGGUUGGGAUAUUUGCCUGUUAUUUUUUUUGUUACUUUCGUCUUCUAAAGAGAAGGAUAGGAUGUCUCCUGCUCCCUCUUAUUUUCUCCUUCUCUGUUAUGGGAAAAAAUAUUAAUAGUUGUAGAAGGGAUAUUGCUUCUGUGUACUCUUGCACCAAAAUUAAUGAUUUAGCUAAGUGGUUAUCUUUUGUAGAGAA